CUGAGCGGCAGCAUUCUCGAUUUUUUUUUUAGAAUUGUAUCCUUCAAAAUAUUUAAUUAUCGUGUCUACUGCUUGUAAAAUGAAAAUAUUAUUCUGAAAUAACCCUAACUACUGUACGCAUAAUUGUUUUGAAGUAAUGCAAUAAAUUAGUUGCAAAGCAUAGGACAUCCGGGAAGCGAGGCAGACGACGCAUAGAAAAGGAAAACAACAUAUAACAUGGAGGAUAUAGAAUAUCUUGAUGAGUACAAAGAUUUGGUGUUGCCAGCAAUUAAAAGUGGUGAAGGGCGCUCAGCAGCUGCGUCAGCGUCGGCUGUGGCCCGGCGUCACCGCAUUUCUUCGGAGUCGAGCAACUCGUCCUCGAUUGAUGCAGACAUAUUUCAAAAGCUAUUCCAUGACAAAGAUUUUGACGACGAACUGCUCAACGAAGGCAGUUCAAAACCUAGGGAGAUACACAGUCCUCCCCCAGUAACCUCCUCCAGCGAUGACGAUUCCAAUGACGCCUUCGAUGCCCUGUUCAACAGGAAUAGACACCAGGCGAAAUCCAACAAAAAACGCGAUCGCUACGAGUCCAUUGAUGCUGUAGACGAUUUGGGCCAAGCCCUUAUGCGUUCAACACAAAGGUCAACUGUACUCAAGCCAAGUUCAUCUCGGGGCGCAGGGAAGAAGUCCGAGACAGAGGGACUGCACAGAGGCAAUCAACGGCCGCAUUACUCAGGCAAAUUUCAUUCGAAGAAUACGCAUCAAAGUUCCAGCAAUGGCAGCAGCAGUAAUUCUGUAUCAAAAAAUAGCAAGGCGAUAACCCUUGUAAAGACACAGAAAGCAGACUUUAGGCCAACAAAGAACGAACCCAAGACGGAUCCCUUGAAUUUGCGAGAGGACUCGCAUGAGGACUCGGACAGCGAUUCUUCGUAUGAGUUCGAAUCGGAUUUCUAUGGCGAUCGGGAUACGGAUGAUGAGGAACCGGUCAUUGACAUAUCAACGGACACCAGCAGGACCCCUUCGGUGGCGGACUCUGUGACGCCUGUUGUUUCCGAUGACGAGGGAGAAAGCGAGGGCGAGGGCGAGGGCAAGGGCAAGGGCCAGGAUCAGCAGCAGGAGCUGCAAGCGAAAAUGUGCGGCGAUUCGGAACGUUUGCAAAUUUAUCUGAAUAAUCUAAGUUGUGCCGAGGCGCCACCGAUCUAUAAAAAACAGAGUAGUGCUAAAAAGUCGCGUUCCAGUGAAAAGAAAUUACCUUCCUCCGAACAGGUUAUGCAUUCUAAAGAGCAACCAGCGGCUAGUCCCACAGCGGAGCUGAAGGCAGCCACUGCAGAGCCAGAGGCGCUGCCGCAGCGAGUGGAAGCCGGCUGCAGCUCUUCAGCGAUAGUCAGAAGUAACCCCUUCGAAGUGGAUCCAGGCAUCACACUCGACGCCCUAGAGCGCAUGACACUCGACGUGGCCGAACAAAUCAAUGAAAUUGAUGAGGAGCGCUCGUUUGAGUUCGAAAGGCGUUCCGCUUCAAAAACACGCAGCAGAUCGCGCUCUAAGCUCUCGGCAGAUCCUGUCACCAAUCCAAGCCAUGUGCGCAAGCUGACCUAUUCCAAUGAACAGCUCGACAGCUGUGGCUCGUCGCAGAACACGCUGAGGAGGGUCAAGAGUGAUUGCGGCUUCUCAAAGAGGGGACGCGGACGGAGUCAAAAGCAUAGGAUAAACAGAGCAGCCACCACAGAGGAAAAAGUGGCCAAGCCAAGCGAAAGUGUGAGCGAGGAUGUGCCAGUGAAGAAGAAACGCGGCAGACCACGCAAGAUAAGACCAACGACAGAAGCGGAAACCGCUCUGUUGCCUGAAAGUACUAAGAACCCAACAGAGGAAACUAAAAAGGAGGAUGAAGCACUUGCAGUAUCCAGUGGCGUGGAAGAGGAGGACAGGGAUAAGGCAGAACAGAUGCCAGAACCGGAGCCGGAAGCAGCAGGGCAACAGGAAUUAAAUACAGAACUAGAUAGAGCCAAAGACGUUUCAGAAAUUGCAGCUUCAUCGCAGGAGGAAAUUAGCACCACAUCAUCUCAAUCUCAUCAUAUUAUAACAGAAUCAUCAGCAGAUCUCAGAAGAGCUACAGACAAAGACGCGAAUCUCGAUGUGGACACAUCCACUGGAUCGUUCGAUGCAGCUCCACAAAGUCCCGCAGCUAAAUGUGACACUGAAACCAUUAUUAAUGAAUUGCAACAGAGUGGAGACCUGGUGUGGCAGAGUCUGGACGGAAACAGUAAUGUGGACGAGCGAAUGGUAUUUAAGUCAAUGGCAAUUGAAUUGCCAGCAGAUUCAACGGCAAAGCCAGAGGUCCAGCCAGAUCUGGAACCAUCCGAAAUGGAUGUUGAUACGGUUCCACCGGAAGCCGUCCAAGAAGAUGAUUUCAAAUCGGUUGCACCCACAGCUAUGGAUGAAUUGCCACCAGAAGCAACUCCUGGCGGUGCUGUAGACCAAUUGCCUGCGGAACUCCCUGAGACAAUGGACGAAGGUCCCCAAGUGUUGCAGCUGGAAGCGGGAAUUGAAUUGACUGAGGAAACUGAUGCCCAGCUGGCUGAAGAUAUUAAAUUGGCCGAGGAGAUUCUCGCCGCCGAAGUGGGCAAAGGCAUUGAAAGAAGCGAUUCGGCUCUGUCGCUGCCUGGCCAGCGCUUAGAGCUGGAAAAUCCUGUGAUUGAAAUUAUUAAAGAGCUUGAGCAGCAGACGAUAGCAGAUGCAAUCAGCCCGCCAGAGCCUACCGAAGAAAGUCGAGAUGUUGUGUCAGAGGAGACUGCAUCAAAAGCACCCGACAUACAGCCCAAGUCCAGUACCAAUGAAAUUGGUGACGAGACUCCCAGUAGAUCCACGGAAAUCAAAGUCAAAUCUCCAUUACCCGCUGCUACGAGCAAGACUUUUGAAGUGGACGUUGAUAUGCUUCCAUUAGCUACACGAUUGGCCAGUCGUUGGGAUCAAACAAUUGCCAGACCCCGCAGGCAGGCCGCACCAGCUAAGCGCGCACCGAAAGGUGUCAUGUGCGAGCUAUCGUUAAGGAGCAGUCCUAGGCUGGGAGGCCAAUCAUUGCAAGAGCAUCUGUCUGCCGAUGAGACCGUUGGAAAUUCCAAAGAGGAGAAGGAUCAGGCCAGGUCUAGUGGUACUAUGACGGAUCAAGGGGAGAUGUCUCGAGGCGCACAAAUCAAGAAAAAUAAGAGCAAAAUGAUAGAAAAAGACAAAUCAGAAAGUGAGAGCCAAGCUGAGCACCCAACAGACACGGCUGAGACUGAAACUAAAACUGAGAACGUGCAUGCGGCACCAGAUGAGGUUCGCGAUCAAAUAACCAACAGUGAGGCGUCCACCGGAGACAAAGAGGAGCGAGCAAGCAGCUAUGGAAAGUCGAGCCGAACUCCCAAAGCGAGCACAGACUGCCAACGAUUUGACAGAAGGAUUUCCCCCAGAACAGUUUCAUCAAAGGUAAAGCCUCACUCGUCAUUUGGCACAGAAAUUACUCCAGCCGGUCAGUUAUGGUCGGGUCCAGUUGAACCAGAGUCUAAGGAAACGAGCAACGAGCAAGCACAGCAGGAGGAACCCAAAGUAAAGCGAAAGAGAGGUAGGCCCAGGAAGAUCAGAAAUGAGGAAACCAAAAGCGAAAAGGCCAAGAGCGGACAAACAAUUCCAGAAACUAAACCCCCACUGGAGGAGGAGGUUAAGGAUUCAGGUAACACAGCAGCGACUUCCACAGAACCGAAGCUACUUGAAAUUGCAGCGAAUGACAAAACUCCAGGACUGGAAGCAGCACAAACAAAAGAUGAGCCUGAGUCUGUCCAGCUUGAAACGCAACAUAGAACAUCCAGAAAUGGAAAUGUAAAGGGUAAAAAAUCAAGCAAAAUGUCUGUGGAAUCCUCUGCUCUGGAUGGUAAAAAAUUGGAACGACAGAGUCAAACGACUGAACGGGAAACAGAUACACAACCAGAAGUGCCAACUGCUGCCACACCUGCUCCAGUUCAGCAGAGACUCUCAAGAAAGGACAAAAUAAAGAGUAGAAAAGCAAAUCCCACGACUGCUGUUGAGUCUGGUAAUAUUAAACCAGAACCAGAACCACUGCAGCCGGCUGGUUAUUCCAAAAUUGACUCCACUGAACCACUAAAAGCAGCAAAAGAUGAUCCAUCGAAGGAGGAAAAGUUGGAUAGUAUUCAAACGAAUGUGAAUCCUCCAGUGGCUGAUGGACUUUCCACUGGCAUUACAGAAACAGAGCGAGUGCUAGAGACGCCAGAACCCUCAAUGGCACGUAAAUCAUUGUCAAGAGAAAAGUCAACUGGCAGAAAGCCCAAAAAAGAUAAAGCUGCAACGAAUCGCGAGUCUACACAACCGGAAACAACGGCUGCCGCAGUGGAACACAAAGAAAAUAUGAAAACUAAACCGAAAGACUCGUUAGAAACGACACAACCUGGAGAAACCGAACCAAAAGCUGAAGAUAUUGAGCGAACCAUACCUGCUUCAGAGAGAUGUGAGUCGCCAAGCGGAACGCCAAUCGUGGAUACACAGCCAAAGUCUACGGAAAUCAGUAAAAAGAGAGGGGCCAGUGCCAAGCAGCAAGGAAACACCAAAACCAUUCCGGAUGGCGCAUCCGAACUGCAUGAAUUCGUUUCUGUCACUCCACGCACAGCGCCCUGUCGUCAGCUACGCGUCCUAAUGCGCAAAGGACCCAACUCCACAUCAUCUGCUGGCAGUAGCACGCCUGCCAUGGGUCUCAGGGAUAAGAAUGACACCGAAACUGACGCUCCAAAAUUAGAAGAAAUCGAAGACAAGGCUACUGCAGAAGAUACUCCAGAGGCUGCGGAAGCUCUGAUGCAGUCUUCGGUUGAACAGGCAAUUGUGGAUACAGCACAUCAGGAAGAGACACUUUCCGAGGGAGUGCCUUCUGCUGAGGCUAAAUUGGUGGAAGAACCGAAUGAAGCAGACCACACGGAAGAGAUCACUAAAACAGCUCCGUCUAUUGCUGCAUCUGUAGAGGAAAUCCCAAAAGGAGAAUCGCCACUUGGAGCGGAAAGGGCAGAGGAACAGCAUGCCACUUUGGAGGUUUCCUCUGGGGAACCAAAAAAAGUGGAGGAGGAGUUGCAUAAUAGCCAAAGCACUUUAAAAAUCGACGACAAAACUGGGGAAUUGGUCAAUGUCCCUGACAAAAACGAUACGGAAUCCAAUGCCGACAGCCCAGUCACAACAGAAACAACAGAAAGCCCAGUCACAAAUGAAACAGCAGAAAGCCCAGUCUCCACAGAAACAACAGGUGUCAGCGUCGCCACGGAGUCAAGCAAAUCAAACAAGACCGUGCGCGCUAGGCGUAAACGGGAAGUGGAGACCCCACAGCCAGAUGAAGCAGCCCAACGGAAGAAACAACAAGAGCAGCAGCUGGAAAAGACACUCAAUGACAAACAGGGCCAGAAAAAAUUAGUGCGUCGCCGUAAUCAGCUGGAGGCAGAGGAGCGGCCACCGUAUAAGCGUACAAAGUUGGAGGACGAAGGCACGGACACAGCCUCUACCUCUGCUUCGACCAAUGCACAAGCCAAGGGUAAAUUCAUAUCCCUCAUAGGCAAGGACACAAUUAUAUCAACCACAGGCAACUUGCAAGAGGAGCCAUCAAAGUCCUCGGGAGGAGCUGCACGAAAAUCGAAUGUCAAGAACCCCAAGGGCAGCGAUACAACAAAGCACAUCAUCAUAUCGACAGUUCCCAAGAAAUCUCUGGAAGCCGCUGCAGCUAGCUCGCCUUCGCCUUCACCAGCGCUAGCGUCCAAGAAGCCGCUGGUGCAGAAUUUGCUCAACUCGAAUGUGGAUACCCGCAAGGCUGUUCAAAAGAAUAGUACGCCUGCAGGCAAGAAGCAAACAGCAGCAGCAGCAGGCAAGCAGGAACCAGAACAGACUAUCCCCAGCUACACUGUGCUCACCAAAAAGGGCGUUGUGCCAGCGAGUGAAAUGCCAAGCAAGAAGGCAGCAGAAAGCUGCCCCAAAGCUUCUCCCAAAGGAGAAGGCGCCGCAGCGGCACUGCGAAAGGUUAACAUCUCCGUAACCGUGAUGCCGAGCAAAGAAGCUGAAGGUGUGGCUGAUGCUGCGGGUAAAUCAAGCGCCAGCAGCCCGCAACAGGCCGCAAGUGCUGCUCAGGUUACGAAGGCGCUGCUGAAUGCCGAGAAGAACAUCACAUCACCAAGGAAGCCAGUGGAUGCCAAGAAGAAGACGGUGAAGCCUAAGAACACGGAGAUGGAUAGGAAUGUGCUGCACAGGCUGGAAAUGGGCGAACAUACCACAGCGCCAGCCAGUAAACCCGAGCCCCUAAGAACGGAAGAGGCUGCCAGGACACAAACGAAAGGCGUAAAGAUGCCGGGAGUCAAGACGAAUGAAGCACUUCAAAAGGCAAAAGACGAACUGCGAAGGUCCGAUCUGGAAGCGUUUCGAAGCAAGGCUACAAUUCGCACUGCGGAAGUGGAUACAGGUCCGUCUUCCAGGGAUUCAUCUCACGAGCGCUCCGGGCGCACAUCUCGACAGGGCAAAGGCGCUUCCUUGCCGACACACCGACAAAUGGGUGUCUCAAUGGCCACACACAUGACGCGCGCCGCCAGCAGCAAUCGAUCGCUGGCUUCAACGCCAAUACCCAUGCCUGCAACUCCAACUCCUACAGCCGCAGCGCGUCGUCCAGCUACGAAAAAGCCGGAACCGGUAGCUGUUACGCCUCCAGCUGAGCCAUUGGUUCCGCCUAAAAAGGGUAAACGUCCGCCGCGAUUACCAGCUGGUACGCGCACCAGACGAUCGAACAAAAAACGAAAGGGUACCGAAGACGAGGAAACAGAAUCAGAAGCCACCUCUAAGAAGAGGCCAAGAGGAGAGCAAGAACAGGAGCCUGCAGCGCGGGAAGCUCCGUCCAUUGCCUUCCCAGUAUUCAUAACCGUUGCCAGCAGCUCCUCCCAAUCUCCCACACCGCUUUCGGUCACGGCCCCAAGUCACAGCCCUGCCACAGCACAGCCCAUAAGGAAGCCCAAGCUGCGAAAGUGUCGCGUUAAAAUCAAUCGAGGAGUGGUCAAAAAAUGGAUGGAGACUGCGCUGCAAAAACCGCGAGAGCCCGAACCAGAGCUACAAACUGAAGCACCAGUGGCAGAGUCAGAGCUAGACCCAGAACCAGCUCUCGAUGCAGUCUCAGCUCCACGGCAACCAGUCGCUGCUGUUGCCCAGCCGGUGGCGGCGUCAGUGUCGGCUCAACCAGCUCAGAAGAGAACUCAUACUGGCAUACUGGCAAUGAAACUUCCGAUUCCCAUACCCGUUAUGGAAAUAAAAACGGAGCUAGAAGAAGGGGCGCCAAUGGAGGUGGAUACAUUGCCGGCCAUACCCAUACCAACGCCUGCUGUUGUGUCGACUCCAGAAGCUUCCGCUGAGGCGUUGCCACCAGAGGAGGUGGUUCCACUGCCAACCAGCACCUCGAGUCAUCAGACAAUUCGUUUGGGUGCGCCUCCAGCGGCAGUUGGCAGAUUGGUCAGCUCGAUACCAUCGGCCAGCGCGGCCGAGGCCAGCCAGAAGCCUGGCCAUACCAAGAUGUUCUCCUUUCUGUACCCCCAACGCUAUCAGCGAUCGUAUGGCGAAGUGGGACUGGACUUUUGCUGCCCCAAUCUGGAUGGACCGAUGCGGGCCAUUGACCCGACGCGCUUGCAUGCCACAGCGCAGGUGCCAGUGCUGGAGCUGCCGCAAUUCAUGGUUAUCACGACAAAGAUCAUCUCCAAGACAGACAAGGAUCUGCCCCACAAGGUGCGAGCGAAGCUGGCGCAGCUAGACAAGAGUGGAAAGCCAUUUGGUGCACAGACGGUGCGCAUGAGCACGGAUUCCAGUGAGCCGUCGCUUCCUGUGGCAGUGCCUUCGCCCAACCUCGCUCCGGCACAUGUGCCCAUUCCCCCCUUGCCUGCCAUUUCCAUCCCUCCAGCAACCAUCGCAACCGCCACCCCCAUUGCCACUCCUGCACCCACAAUAGCUCUUCCAGUUGCCCAGACUGAAGUCACAGUUCAAUCCGUGUCCAAACAAUUGCCACGUGCAACGACGGUAUCGAAAAAGGUACUCGCACCUGCGGUUGCCCCACCCGCUGCUGCCCCCAGUCUGCCUCCGGCCCUUAUCCAGCUGCCGCCCAUCUGCCCAAUGGACAAGGAACGGGUGGAGCUGCAGACGCGAGUUCAGAUGUUCGACUUGGUGCUCCAGGGCCUGAGCAGACGCGCAUCCACACUGUCCCUGACCGAGCGACAGCGCACCAUUGAGGAGAUUGUGAAGACCAGCACGUUAUUGGCCAUCGAUGUGGACGUGGGCACCAAGCUGCUUGAGAACUACAUCCACUACCUCAACCGAGCUACCAACACUCAGACACCCAUGCCCCCACUCCGCCUCAAUCCUGUGGUCACACCAGCUGCUACUCAGAGUGCGGUCAAAGUCAGUACAGUCGCCAAAGUCGGCCAUGCGUCGGGGUUUAAGAGAAAAGUCAGCACUCCAACUGCAACUGCAACUGCAACUUCAUCCGCACCCCCAACGAAGAAGAUAGCACAGCAGCGCAACUCUCUGCCAAACAAAAUUCCUGUGUACGAUGCGGACAAGACCAUCAUUGGGUAUCAGUGCUCGAAACCGAACUCAUCGAUCGUUAAUCGGACAGCGCCCAAGGCCAGCAGCACUCCACUGGGACCAUCCACCUCUGCGACAGCGCAGAGUGGAAUCCUGGCGACCUCAAGCAAGGCGGCCAGGACGGGUGUGCAGCUGAAUCAAAUCAAGAAAACGAAACCCACGGCUGGUGUGGCUGUGAAAGCAGCAGCAGCACCAUCACCACCACCACCACCAAAAGGCAACAGUGGGAAGACACCUGGUUCAAGGACGACCGUUUCCAACGUGCAACCACCGUCGCAACAGAGGGCACUGGGUCGUCAGUCAAACCCCCAAUCCCUGCGAGACAAGGAUCCAGGAAGCCUCCUGCUGGUGUAGCCAAAACGCUUGCUUCGUUAUCUGAGCUUCCCCUCCCCAAGGCCGUGGCUGUGCCGGGGUCAAAGGCAAAGUCUGCUGCCACAACACCGAGCGGCAGACCCGUUGGAAAGAACCGAGCCCGCAGUCCGAAUGUGUUCAUCAUUAACCAGGUCUCGCCGCAGGCAGAGGAGAGCAUAUUGCCCGACUCCAACAUUGUGGUGCCAAUAGAGGCGGAGAUCAAGGGUGAACUGGACGACUCUAUGGAGUUGCUUGGAUAGGGGUAGGGAUUGGUUGUAUAAUUGAUAAAAAAA